CCCCGGCAGUCAAAAGCAAUGAAAGUGACAACAGGGAGAGAAUCUCCCAGUUACGGCAUCAAAUCUUAUUUCAGGGAACUGAAGACCUGCAAGGCAGCAAGAGCCGUCUUUGGGGAAGGGGACGGGUGGUCUUGUGUCCCCGGCUGGGCUGGCUGUGGUGUUGGGCCCCUCCGGGUCUGGCGUUGCUCCCUGAGCCCCCAAAGUGCCUCCUAUGAUAGCAGGAGGCCCUUUCGGCGGGCAGAGUUUUAUCGCUUCUCGGCCUUUUGGCUAAGAUCAAGUGUAGUAUCUGUUCUUAUCAGUUUAAUAUCUGAUACGUCCUCUAUUUGAGGACUAUAUAUUAAAUGGAUUUUUGGGACUGGGAGAUGGAAUAGGGGCUUGCUCCAUCCACUCCACGCAUCGGCCUGGUAUUGCAGUACCUCCAGGAACGGUGCACCUCCCCACCCAGGGGAGAAUAAUGCUGGUUCAAAAACAGAUUGGAAAACUUUCUCUUUCUUUUGCUUGCUUGGCACUGUAGGCUAUGCUUCUUUUAGAGUGUUGUGGGUUUCCUGGGUUGUAUGGCUGUGUUCCAGUAGCGUUUUCUGCUAAUGUUUCAGCACCUGCAUCUGUGGCUGGCAUCUUCAGAGGAUCUGAUGGUAGUAAGGCAAGUGGACUAUAUAUACCUGUGGAAUGUCCAGGGUUGGAGAAAGAACCAUUUGCAUUGCAAAGGGACAAAGCCAUCCCCGCCUACAAGGGCACCAGGAGUCAGCUACAGCCAGACAUUGUCAUCUGAGACGAGGAAGGGAAGAAGAUCACCCAAGUGGACAUCACCAUCCCAUUGGAGAACUGGAGGGCUGCCAUGCAGGAGGCCGGAGAGAGGAAACAUCGUAAGUACGCUCCACUGACAGAGGCACUCAAGGCCAAGGACUACGACUCCUCACUCCAUGCCCUACUGGUUGGGGUCCUCUGCGGAUGGGACCCCAAGAAUGAACCCGUGCUGAGACCUUGUGGCAUUGGGAAGAAAUACGCCAAGCUGAUGCACUGGCUGAUGGUGUGUGACACCGUUCGAUGGUCAAGAGACAUCUACGUGGAACGUAUCUCCGGCCACCGCCAGUACAAGACUCCGGCUCACCUUCCCAACCAGUGGAGGGGAGUCACCAGCAGACCAUGGACUAUGAACGUACAAACCUGGAACAUAAGCUGUCUCCGAUUGUGAACUAGUUGCUGAUGUCCCUUCAGUGUGUGCCAUUCCAAUGUGGACUAUUUACCUGUGGACCUCAAAUAUGCGUUCCAGCGGUCGGGCUCCCAGUGAAGGUGGAAUAAUCCUUGCUUUGUACUGCCUCCUCCCCCCCACCAUGUUUUGCCCCUCCGGAGGAUGUGUGACCAUACUUUGCUGAAAAGGGAUUUUCAUGUGAUUCAGUCAUAUGAGUGAAGGAUUCCCCCAGAAUGAGGGUAUGCACUGCUGUUGGUGAAGAGGCAAAUUGAAUAGGGAAUUUAAACCCUGCCAUAAAAGGAAGGGGGAAAUACUUUUUGCAUUGAUCUAACUCUGAUCCAGAUGGCCCAAACUUACCUGAUCUCAUCAGAUCUCAGCAACUAAGCAGGGUCAACCUCUGUAAGUAUUUGAAUGGGAGACCAUCAAGGAACUCCAGUGUUGCCACGCACCACUGCAUUAUGGAGGGGCUUCAUUGGGAUGUUUAAAAUCAGUAUCUAAUCCUUAGUGUGGCCAGAUCUGUGAAUGAAUCCCAUGACAGGAGCCAUACACAAAUAAGAAAGAUCUUCCAGAAUCCUGUUAAACAUGUCAGGCCUGCAGAAAAACAUGAAAACUUUUUAAAAAAUUACACUUAGGGUUAGCCCCACCCCACAAAACAGAAAAAGCACCUGUAGCUUUAAGAAAAAAAAUACACUCUGUACCGUUGCUAGGGAAAUCAGUUUAACGUGUCUUUCAAAUUCUGUUCCUAUUCUAGCCCUAUAGAACUCACACUGGUAUAAGUGACAGUACAUGUAGCCAAUCACAAGCCUGGACCCAUGCCUUUAAGAGCAACACAAGAAGUGAUGCUAUACAAUCCCAGACCUGGAUGGCGGCCUGGGAUGUAACCAGGUACAGGUGGGCCUUCAGUUGUUAGAGCCAGUUGCCAUGGAGACAUGCCACAUGUCUACCUGUCUCUGAAAAGUAACUGAAUCCUCACAAGCCAUCACAGAAAGGAAAGCAGGUGUUUGCUCUCGUAAGACGGCUACAUGUAGUUAUUUCUUGGUUGCUCUUACAAUAGAGAUCCACGGAACCACAGAGGGAUGCAGACUUGAGAUAACAGCACCUGUUUAUUGAAGGAAUUCUAGAAGAAGUCGUAGAUCAAUUUUGUGAAGAAACCCAGCAUGAAAACUGUCGUCGUAAAAGAAGCCCAUGUAAACUUUAACAGGAAACAGCAGGCCUUUCCUAGGUAAUGUUAAUAUUUAAAGCAAUAGGUGAAAAUGUUCGGUAAUUCUUCAGUUCCCAUCUGAGAUCUUCAGAGAUCUUAAUAUUGCUGGAUGUCUUCUUGGAGGCCAAUGGACUCCCAUCCCCUCAGUAACUGAUGGCUUCAGAAAAUUCAUCCACACUAGAACCAGAGAUCACCCAACAAGAACAAAGUUUGCAAAUUCAGCUAUCUGGGAAGAAAAAGAAGAAAUUGAAAGGAAAACCAGAGUCAUCCGCAGAACUGGAGAGAGAACAUGCAGAGUCCUCAAAGAGAGAUGUUGAGAUUGAAGGCCUCACCAGAGCUGGACACCAGGCCCUGCUCCUUGGCAAAGAGGACGAGGCCUUGCAAAGUUUUAACCAGGCGUUUGCCCUUUCCUUAGAAACUUCAAGUAAGCGGGCCCAGAAGAUUUGCGCUUUCAAUUUGGGGGCAGCCUAUGUCGAGUGCGGCAGGCCUGAAAAGGGCUUGGAAUUCCUCCUCAAAUCCCAGCCCAAGGAAGACGAAGUGGCAGAGCACCAAGGGGACCUUUUUUUCAACAUGGGCGCCGCCCACGAAGGGCUGCAGGAUUUCCCCAAAGCUUUGGAGUAUUUCCGCAAAGCCCAGGGACACUAUCACUCCAUCCAGGCCGGAAGCGAGGCUGGCACGUACAUGAAGAUGGGCAUGUGCUAUCUGGGCAUGGAAGACCCUUCGCGAGCCGCUCAGUGUUUCCAGGAAGCUGGCCGGGCCUAUGCGGAAGUCGGCAGCUUGGAAGAGGCGGCGACGGCUCUCAACGAAGCCAGCAAAUACCUGUUGCGGAGCCAACAGCACGGGGCCAGCGAGAUCGUCAAGGUGUUGAACGAGUGUCGCUUGUGGUGUGACCAAAUCUCAAACAAAGCCCUGCUGGGAAAACUCUACAAUGAUAUUGGGCUCACCUACUCUCAGCUCAAAAUCUUCUCCUUAGCGGCUGAGAGCUUUGAGAAGGCUCUUCCGCUCUGCCAAAGUGACACAGACAACCAGUAUAAGGAAGCGAUCGUCCUUCAGAACCUCGGAGCUGUGCACAACACCCUCGAGAAUUUCAGCACGGCCGUGGGGUUCCACCGCAGGGCCGCUUCACUACACAGUACCCUGGGGAACAGAAGAGCCCAAGGGCAGUGUUUUGGUAACUUGGCCUACGCGUUUAGCCAGCUGGGUGACCAUGAAGCAGCUGGAGAACAUUACCUUCAUGCCCUACAGGCCUUCAAGGACUCAGAGGAUCUUCAAGGGCAGUGGCAGGCUUGCGAAGGACUUGGGGCAUCACGCUUCCACCUGGGAAAUCCCGAGAAGUCCAUUUUGCAUUACAAAGAGGCUCUGACUCUUCUCUCUAAAUGCCAGGAUGUCUCAGAAACAGCUCAGGAGAGAAUCGUGAACAAACUUACUGACGCCCUCCAAUCCAAGCUUUCCGUGAACAGUUCUUUCUCCCACAGUAGAGGGAUCACCCCAGCUGCUCCCAUGAAGCACAUCCCUACAUCCCAGGCCUCGAGCCAGGUCCGGUUCACCAUGCCGCUAUACCACAAGAAUGAGAAUUUGGCCCACAUCAGCGAGUCAUCCUUUGCCCCACAGAGCCAUCAGACACAGCCUGGGGAAGAGAAACCUGUGCCUGCCCUGUUGAACCAGAGGCCUCAACCACAGGGGGAAGCAGCGAUCCCUCCAAAUGACCAGAUGAAAACACAGCAGGCUGUUUACGGAGUGUCCGAGAUGGGAGCGGCCUCUAAGCAGGCAGCCCACAGAGACAGAGUUCCCACUGUCCGAAUUCCAAAUGGCCACGCGAUGCUGGCCAGCAGCAGCACUACUGAAGGAGGCGAUCAGCCUAGGAUGGCUUCCGACGGCCGUAACCAGACACAGGUUAACAGCAAUGCCUGCCUAUAUCCAGAUUCCUUCUGCCACACAUGCUUCCAGGACGGAAAGUUCCAUCCUUCACAAAGAAGCCACCAGGAAUACAAAACUGGCCAGUUGAGAAUGAGAACCUUAGAAAGGGCGGACUUCCCCAGCCAAACUACUGAGCCCUGCCAACACAGGAAGAAGAGGAUCCCAUUCAGGUCUAUUUUGUGUGCCCUGAUGUGACAACAUCUGGGUGCUGGGCCUGUUGACUGCUUAAGUUGUCAUCCUGACUUCCAUACGAAGGUCCGUGUCUUCAUCCCCAUCCACAGACUCCGUCCCGCUAACUCUCAGGAACUUCCUUGUGGAUCAGACUAGAAGGUCCUCCUCUUCCAGCUCAGUUCCAACUGUGGCCAGUCAAAUGCUUCUGGGAAGCCCACAAGCAGGACACGAAGGUCCACCUCUGCCACUUGCUCCCCAGCAAGUGAUGUUAAGAGGUCCACCACCUCUGAAUCUUGGAGGAUCAAUUUUGCCAUAACGGCCACAGCCAUAGAUAGAUCUGUCUUCGGUAUCCUUGACUAAAGGUAAAAUGUGUUGUUAAUCUGUAGCUUGUUCAUGGCUACCCCAUGAAUGAAUUUCCACCUCAUGGGGCUUUCAAGGCAAGAGAUGAACGGAGGUGGUUUGCCAUUGCCUUCCUCUGCAAAGCAACCCUGGACUUCCUUGGUGGUUUCUCAUCCAAAUACUGACCGUGGUCAACCCUGCUUAGCUUCCAAGCUCUGAUGAGUUCGGGCUUUUCUGGGCUAUUAGGGUUGCUACACAUCUUCGUCUAAUCCCCUUUUAAAGUCAUCUGAGCUAAAUAUUGAGAUGAAACCCAUAAGUGUACUCACAUGCAAUGAGCUUGAAAAGUGUUUUAUGCAUUGCCAGGGGAAGUAUUACCUAUUGCCUAACCUGAAUCUACUGCCAAUUGAUUGUAUCAGGUGACCCAAAGUGCUACUAGCAAUGUUCUAAGAGAUGGGGCAAAAAUGUCUCUCUAUCCAUCUUCUCCACCAUAUCAUACAUAAUUUUAUAAAGCUCAGUCAUUUCCUCAGUUGUUCUUUCCUGCAUAAAUUACACAGCCUCAAAUGUUUUAAAGAAGAAGAGGAGUAGUUUUGGAUUUAUAUCCCACCUUUCCCUCCUGUAAGAAGACUCAAGAUGGCUUACAAGCUCCUUUCCCUUCCU